GAAAGAAAUGUGUCAAGCUGUCAAUUUGUUUCCUUGAUGUCUUGAAAGUGUUUUGGUACUAUAUCUCAAAAUAUUUUAUGUAAUUUGGACUAUUUAUUAAGAAUUAAUAAAAUUAAACAUGAUAUUCCUAGACUGGCUUGGUAUAAAUCAGUGUAGUUGGUCAGUUUUGGCAUGUGUUUUUCUUACGUUUUGUUAUGUUGGGAGUUUGUAUGUAUGGAGAACUACAUUGAGCAGAGACCAUCCGACUACAAUAAAGAGAAGAUUCUUCAGCGUGUCCGUUAUAAUGUUAUUAACUCCAAUUUUUAUUCAAUAUUUUUUCACCGAAGAAACUUUAAGUAAAGGAGACUUGUACAUGCAAUUGGGAUUGCGAUGGUCUGGUCUUAUACCAGCGAUAUUUGCGCCACUAUUCUUGACUGCUACAUUGUUUAUGGGACCAUUAACCAUGCAGUUUUUAUCAGGAAUAUGGAAACUCUAUGCAGAACCAAUAUAUUGGCUAUCCAGCUGGCAAGACCUUGUGUGGGUGAGGAAUCAUGUCAUGGCCCCACUGAGUGAGGAGUGGGUGUUCAGAGCUUGUAUGAUACCUCUGCUACUACAAUGUGUUGACCCAAUGACAGCUGUAUUUGUUGGGCCUCUACUCUUUGGCAUUGCCCAUUUCCAUCAUAUAUUUGAACAGAUGAAAGCUGGUUUAGAAUUGAAGACAGCUCUUAUGAUCUCAACAUUCCAGUUCAUGUAUACAAGUUUGUUUGGUGCUUAUUCAGCGUAUUUGUUUGUGAGAACAGGACACUUCAUGGCUCCUCUAGUCGCCCACAUGUUUUGCAAUCACAUGGGAUUCCCGAACUUCUCGGAAAUAACAGAGUUCCCACCUCUGCAACGGGUAUUCAUUGUAUGCAAUUUUCUCUUAGGAUUCGGCCUAUGGUGUUUCCUCCUGACACCUCUAACUAGUCCAGACAUUUAUGACAACAGAUUACAUUGGAAAUCAUGAAUUUAGUAUUACUAGUAGCCAUAACCACAUCACUGAAAAUAAAGAUAGAUAUACAAAUAGGAAUGGGAGGUAAAGCGAUCAAACAUUAGGGUGCGUCCACAUCUGGCG